AUGGGGGACACGGACGCCGGCUCUAUAAAGAAAGUCAUAAUCGCAGCCGUCGCCUCCGUCCUCUUGGUGGCGGCGAUCAUCUCCGUGAUCGUCGCCACCACAUACAACCGUGCCAGGUCGGAGGUGGUCUCCACUUCGAAAGCAGUGGAGGCCAUCUGCUCCCCGACCCGGUACAAGGCCACGUGUCAGCACAGCCUCUCCAAGGCCAACACCACCGACCAUCGCAAGCUCAUCGAGACGGCGAUCACGGCCGCUGUCGGCGACGUCCGCGCCGUCCUCGCGAGCUCCGCCGUCCUGCUGGAGGCGGCGAAGGACCCCGCGACGAAGGGAGCCUUCGCCGUCUGCAGGGACGUGCUCGCGAGGGCCGUCCGCGACCUGCGCCGCUCCGUCCGGAAGGUCGGCGGCGCGUUCGCGGACGCGGCCCGGGCGAGGGCGCACGUCUCCGACAUCCGGACGUGGCUGAGCGCCGUCGUGGCGAACCAGGAGACGUGCCUCGACGCGUUUAGGAACACGACGGGAGACGCCGGGGAGAGGAUGGAGAGGCUGCUUAAGACGGCGAGGGAGCUGUCGAGUAACGGCUUGGCGAUGGUGACUGAUUUUCCGGAGUAUGUCGGCGGCGGCGGGAGGAAGAUGGUGGUGAAGGAGGGCGGCGUGUUUGUUGGGAGGCGGCUGGCUGAUACGGCGUCGUUGAAGCCGAGUAUCGUUGUGGCAAAGGACGGCGGUGGAGAUUUCAAGACCAUCAACGAUGCGUUAGCUUCGUUGCCGAAGAGGAGUAAUGAUUCGUUCGUCGUGAUUCAUAUCAAGGCCGGCGUGUAUAGUGAGAAUGUUGAAAUUCCGGAAGGCCUCAACAAGAUCGUGUUCGUGGGCGACGGGCCGAGCGCCACCAGACUCACCGGGAAGAGGAGUGUGGCCGGAGGUCAUCAAACCUACUAUACAGCCACACUCGCUAUAAGCGGGGAGGAUUUCUUGGGCAAGGACCUCGGCGUGGAGAACACGGCGGGGCCCGACGGCUACCAAGCCCUCGCAGUCCGCGUCUCCGGCGACCGUUGCAUCUUGCACAACGUCCGCAUGGACGGCUACCAGGACACCCUCUGCGCCGACACCCACCGCCAGUACUACAGCAACUGCACCGUCACCGGCACCAUCGACUUCGUCUUCGGGAACGGCCUCGCACUCUUCCAGGACUGCACGUUCGUCACGCGCAAGCCCGGCCCGGGCCAGGAGUGCGUGGUGACGGCCCAGGGCCGGUCCGACCACAAAAGCAACGACGCCUUCAUAAUCCAGAACAGCCGGUUCACGGCCGAACCAGCCUUCCUUGCCGUGAGGCCGAGGAUCGCGUCUUACCUCGGGCGGCCGUGGAAGAAGCUGUCGAGGACCAUCAUCAUGGAGUCCGAAAUCGGGGAGUUUAUCGAGCCGAAGGGGUGGGCCACGUGGAUCGGGACGUUCGGGCUAGACACGUGCUUCUACGUGGAGUACGAAAACCGGGGGCCCGGGGCUAAUACGACGGGCCGAGUGACGUGGAAGGGGAUUCAUAGUUUGAAGGGGGAGCAGAUUAAUAGCUGGACCGGCGGAGUUGUAUACGGCGGCGAUGAUUGGAUUAGGGAUUCCGGUGUUCCGUACGUUCCUACGAUGAUGCAAGUUAAAGGAAAUUGAUUUAAUUUUAAUCUAUAUGAGUUGCAUUUUUUAGUUUUGA